AUGUCCAUUGAGAAGGAAACGUUCCCGGACUCGGUCGUCGCCGUCGCCGCCACCGACACAGACGGCGAUAAAGAGUCCGACACGUCUCAUCAGAUCCACGGCGGCGACUGGUCCGAGGCCGAGGAGAAGGCUAUUGUCAAGAAGCUGGACUUGCUUAUUAUGCCUCUUCUCAUCGCCGGCUUCUUCGUCUUGCAGCUGGAUCGCGGAAACAUCGGCAACGCACUCACCGACUUCUUCUUGAAGGAGGUCGGAAUCACCCAGUUCCAAUUCAAUGUCGGCAACCAGCUCCUCAGCCUGGGUAUCGUCCUUCUUGAGCUACCUAGCAACCUCGUCCUCUACCGUGUUGGUCCUCAAAAAUGGAUCAGCUGCCAGAUCGUUUGCUGGGGCCUGGUGGCUACCUUUCAAGCUUUCCAGAAGGGCAAGGGAGUCGGGGUGUACUACGCCACCAGACUGCUGCUGGGUCUUCUCGAGGCAGGAUUCAUUCCCGCCGGCUUGUACACUUUGACGCAGUGGUACAGGCGCAAUGAGACCAGCAGGCGCUUCAUUGCCUUCUUCCUCGGAAACAUGUCUGCCUCGGCGGCCAGUGGCUUGAUCGCCUACGGGAUCCUCCAAAUGCGAGGCAUCUUGACCAUCGUCGUCGGCAUUGUUUUCGCCCUGCUCAUGCCGCACUCACCGGCGAACCCGUCAAACAUUCUGCGUCACUCGUACUUUACACCACGGGAGAUCCAUAUCCUGACUCAACGAGUGGCUAGGGAUGGUCUUGCCCAGGGUCCCAAGCAAAAAUACGUCAAGUGGGCAGAUAUCAAGGCUGCCUUCUCGAGAUGGUACAUCUACCCUCAAUUGACAGUGUCCUUCUGCGCCAUCGCCGUCAUCUCACCCUUGUCAACAUACCAACCGUCCAUCAUUGCCGGCUACGGCUACGAUCGGCUUCAGGCAAACGCACUGUCGUCAGUGGGCAACUGGAUAGUGAUUGUGCUUAGUCUUUUAUUUGGCUGGACUGCCGACAAGACUGGCAAGCGAGGGGGUCUUAUCCUGUUUGCAGCUGUGCUCAGUUUCUCCUUCUGCCUUGCCACUAGACAACUCGCCACGAGCACUAAUCGCGAUCUCAAGUACGGAAUUCUUAUUUGCUCUUCCAUGUGGGGAUCUAUUAUACACCCUCUCAACGGCUCCUGGCUUGCCGUCAACAUUCGCAACCCGGCGCAGCGCUCCAUCACCAUGGCAGUACUCAUCAUGACUGUGAACACGGCCGGUCUUGCUGGUGCACAAGUCUUCCAGGCACACGAUGCUCCGCUCUAUAGGACCGGCUUCACAGUCAUCCUCACCUUGGCCUCGAUUGGACUGGUGUCCGCAGUCGCGUCUAAUGCUCAGUAUUUGUGGCUGAACAAGAAGUUGGAUCGCAAGGAUGAUAGCGAGCAUCAGCUGCAAGAAGGGGGCAAUGCAGGAAGAGGAUGGCGGUUCUCUUUAUAA